CAAAUGAGAUGAACACUGAUUUUUUAAAUUUUCUACCUGUCCCAAAUCAACCUAAAAUACGAUAUAUAUGGCAAAGGUUUUGAAGAAAAUGAAGUUUCUUUGAAAUGAAAUAAACGAAGUUAGAAUGGCGAAGAAUAUUCAUUUAACACGCAUCAGUUGGGUGGCCUCGUCGUUCAUGAUGUUUUCAUUAUUGAUUAUAGUCGAAACAACCUCACGGUCACAGUUUUCCGGUAUCCAUCAUUACAUGAGUAAAAGAGAAUUAUCACGUUAUUUUGGCACUGAUAAACAUGAUAAAGUACCAGAUUAUGAGGUCGUUCAACCAAGGAAAGUCGAUAAAGAGGGUAAAUUUCUAAGCCAUGAACUCUCACAUAAAGACGACUCUCGUGAAGAAAGGAACUUGCAUUACAAUAUCAAGGCAUUCGGAGAAAAUUUCAACCUUCAUUUAAAGAAGAACGAUAAACUUUUUGCGAAGGAUCUCGAGGUGGAGGUUCUGGGACAUCAUGGGAAACUUCUUAGAAAAGAAAAAGUUAGGAAUUGUUAUUACCAUGGCCACUCUAAGAAUCAUCCAAAGUCCAGGGCGACGAUGAGUACCUGUGAGAAUUUGGCUGGUUCCAUUCACUUAAGAGAUCAAUCAUAUUUCAUUGAACCACUACCAAAGAAUAUUGUUGAACGGUACAGACGGUCUGCACCAAGUAUUAGUAGUAGUGUUCCUCAUAUUGUUUACAAAAGUGGAUCAUCCAGAAUGACACGACAGGAACGAUCGACGGUUACCGAGAAAAAAAGUGGGUUCUGUGGUACAGAAGAUGAUCCGAAGAUAAGAUUGACCAGGGAAUUAGGUCAAGAACAAGAAUAUGAUGAUGGUAACAAGGAUUCUGAACGAUACAUCGAAACCUUGGUGGUGGUCGAUGAAAAGAUGUGUGCAUUUCAUGGCGAAGAUGCCGCGAAACAGUUCACUUUAGCAGCUUGUAAUAUUGCGUCAGGUUUACUAAAAGAUUCGUCUAUUGGCUCCAAUCCAGUAAAUCUGGUUAUCACAAAAAUGCAGAUACAUACCAUGCCCCAGGAAGGAUUGUUGAUCAACAAUCACGCUAUGAAUUCAUUGUCAAGUUUUGGGAAAUGGGCAGAAAGAAAUACGGUGCCAGAUGACUCUGAUCCACAACAUUACGACUACGCAACUCUAUUCACUAGAUACGACAUUUGUAAAGAUAAAAAUCAACCCUGCGAUACACUUGGUGUAACCAAUGUUGGGGGAAUGUGUCAGUUUCCUAGCUCAGUGUCCAUAUGCGAAGAUAAUGGUCUUAUGGUGGGAAAGACGCUUGCACACGAAACUGGUCAUUCUCUUGGCAUGAACCACGAUUCGCGGCCCUUUUGUGGUGAUAGUCAGAAAAUGAUGUCAUUACAUCCAGAAGGAAGCGAUGCUUUUGAAUGGUCAAAAUGCAGCAGGAUGUUUCUUAAACAGUUUCUCGAUUCUAGUGAUUCUCACUGCUUGGAAGAUAAACCUAUGAUAAAACAAACAAUCAAUCUUCAGAUGUUUAACGAUCCUGGUCUUCUCUAUAACGCUGAUCAACAAUGUGCGUUAUCAUUUGGUGAAGGAGCUAAAUAUUGCAAAGAAAAAUCUCCUGAGGAAAUGUGCAGUAAGUUAUGGUGCUCAGUCCCCUCGGGAGAAGGCAACAACUGUCGUAGUAUAAAUCAACCACUCGCUGAUGGUACCAAAUGUGGAGAGCAAAAGUGGUGCAAGCGAGGAAAAUGUGUAGAGAAAUAUACAGAAGGACCUGAUGCUAUUGAUGGAGGAUGGUCAAAAUGGUCUCAAGAUUACACUGAAUGCACACGAACUUGUUCGACUGGUGUACAGUACAGGACCAGACAAUGUAACAAUCCUCUACCAACAAACGGAGGGAAGUUUUGCGAAGGUGAACACAGAGAAUAUCGGCUUUGUAAUACAAAGAAAUGUGAGGAUGAAACGAAUUUUAGAAACGUUCAAUGUGAAGAGAAGAAUAAAGAAAUGUUCAAUGACAAGUUCUUCGAGUGGGAAUGGAGACCUUCAAACCUCUUGAACAAAUGUACGUUGGGAUGUUUCAUAAAGAACACUGACCAAGGCUAUGCAUUUGGAAAUGUGGAGGAUGGUACAAACUGUGAUGAUGAUACUGAUGAUAAAUGCGUCAAUGGUGAUUGUAUGCCCAUCGGAUGCGAUAGUGUAAUUGGCUCUUCAGCAAAACUGGACAGAUGUGGUGUUUGCAAUGGCGACGGUAGCACGUGUCGCUAUGGAAAUAACACUGACGAAGACCUAAAGGCCAACUUAACACAAAAGUACAAGGAACAAGGGCGCACUUUUAAAAAGACGCUUUCACUGCUAAAGAAUAUGGGCUACGGAGUUCCUGAAGACUACGCCUCGGCCAAGAUCGAUGAAGUUAUAUCAGAUUUUUACUGGGCUGUAACCAAAACUGGUUGUAGUGCAACGUGUGGAGGAGGACUGGAAAUGUCAAAGUCAGAGUGUCGUCGGUCAGAUGAUGGGUCUCCUGUGGCAGAAAAAUAUUGCGACGUGAAAACAAAACCAACAGAUAGAACAGCACGAUGCAAUAGGGGGCCUUGUCAACCAGAAUGGCGAACAGACAGAUGGGAUGACUGCAGUAAAACGUGCAAUGAAGGUACACGAACAAGACAUGUUCGAUGUGUUCAAAUUGUGGAUGAUGGAAUUGAGUAUGACGUUGAAGAUGAAAUGUGCGACGAAGCAAUGAAACCAAAUACGAAAGAAAAAUGCAACAAACAAGAAUGUAGACCAGAGUGGGUGGCGCAGCCUUUUGGAACGUGUUCUACCAGCUGUGGUCGAGGUGUUCAAAAAAGAAAAAUCAGGUGUCAAAAAGUAAACAAAGACGGCGAUACAGUUGAUGUUAAUGAGGGAAAAUGUUCGGAUUUUAUAAAACCUGUUAGUGAAGAAUAUUGCAACGUGCAUAACCCUUGUCCAGGAGGUGAGUGUGGUGGUAAACACAACCAAAAAAAAGGAUAUAUCACAAGUCCUGGAUUUCCAGAUAAAUAUCCCAACGGCAAAGAAUGUAUGCACUCCAUCAGUGUCCCAGAUGAUAAAGUUGUUAAACUUGUAUUUAACAGCUUUGACUUAAGCGGUGGUGUAAACAGCGAGGUUGAUGGUGCUUGUACUGGGGAUUUUGUCAAAAUAGUGGAUGGUGAUUGUAGUUUUGGUGGUCCGGAGACACGUUACUGUGGCCAACAUAACACAGCACCAUUCCUAUCAACUAGAAACAAGUUGUGCGUGAAAUUUUUUUCGGAUGAGUCAAGGAACAGUAAGGGUUUUAAUGCCUCGUUUGAAGCCGUGGAACAACCUGCCAGACCAAAAGAUCCUUGUGGUUCAAUCAUCAGCGCUACAGUUGGUCUUCUUGCCUCACCCAACUACCCUGAACCGUAUCCAACCAAUGAAAUGUGUAAUAUGACAAUCAAGACUUUGGAAGGUCCGAUCCUAUUGAAGUUUCAGUAUUUUGAUAUAGGAAGAGAUGACACCUGUGAUGAGGAUUACCUGUUGUUACAAGGUGACUCAGAUGCAACAAAACUUUGCGGAAGUAAUCUACCCAAAGCCUAUAACAGCAGUGGCAACAUACUUAAGCUAAGUUUCAAGUCUGGUCAGCAAAGUGUGAAUAAACUUGGUUUUAUUGCAACCUAUGUCUCUGGAAAAGAACUAAUGGAGAAGUCAAAUGUUCAAAAUGAGAGCAAAAGUGAUGUAAAGCCAAACAAACUUUCAGAAAUAAAUCCAGUGAAUGAUUUGACGGACAGCGUAAGAGAUACCAUUCCAAGACCUGAAUAUAACACCCAAAAUGGGCCACAAUUUAUGACAAUCCCAUCCAAUUCAUUGGACAACAAAGAAGUCGCGAAAGAGGAGAUCAGCAGCCAUACGAGUGAGGUUCAUGCAUCUGGAAAGUCUACUGGGAAAGAUGAGAAGGCUAAAACGAAGAACGCUUCAGUAAAUACAGUGACUGGUGAUGCCAAAAAAAGCAAAACUGAAACAAAGGAGACGAACAAGGAGUCAUCGACAAGACAAACAGUACUUCGACCACUUCAAAGCGUCCUGGAACAAUCUGGGGCAUUAAUGACACGAGGGCAAUGUCCAGACCCAUCAAAACUGUCCUGUCUAAAUCUGCUAUAUUCGUAUCCUUGUCAAAGUAGUACUGCUUGUCAGUUGAGGGGAAUGGAUUGUUGUCCGACAAGUUGUUCGUACGGACCCAGUAUGUGCGUACCAAAAGUUUGGCGAGAGUGUCCUUUGCUGACACCCUACAUCACAAAGGUCCUCCAAACCUGCGCGACGACUGCUGACUGUGAAGAUAACCAUAUUUGCUGCAUUGACAUGCUUGGAAGACGAUAUUGCCAUAAACACCAAGCAAUUGAUAAAUAGACGUCAUUACACAGCACAAAUUUUUUGAAAUUAAUGCCGGAUAACAGGAAGAUAAAGACAGGCGGAAAAUAUAUACGGUUUUCCUGAGCCGGACCUAUCAUAAGAUAAUUUAGGUCCUAAAAUAACUGAUUUUUGUCAAUUCUGACUGUAAAUAUCGUUCAUUUAGCUCUCGCCCGAUAAAAAUGUUAAAAAACUUAUUUUUGUACGCCUAGAAGGUAAAUUUAUAAAGAAAACUU